AUGAGCGAGUUCGACGCCGGCGCGUCAAGCUCGACCAGCGACAGCGAGUCUGAAGCGGGACUGCCCAUGACACAAAUGAACCGGAAGCGAGAGGAAGAAGUGGCCGCGGGCAAGAAGAAGAAAGAUCACGCCGACGAUGAUGAUGAUGAAGUGGUGGACCCGGUGGACGAGGAGCUGGCGGCUGUGGUGAGCAAGUACGCCAAGAUCCACCAGCCGGUGCCCUUCUCCAAGCAGUCGCCCAAGCUCAGGAUCAAUCUCGAGUGGCGCAACAUCGACUACAAGGUGGUCUACCCCAUGCCGCCGUCCAACUUCUUCGUCAAGCUCCUCUUCCGCCUGCCCAUCCCGGCCACCAUCACCACCAUGCUCAAGAAGAAGCGCGAGAUUCCCAUCCUCAACCGCGUCUCCGGCAGCACUACGCUGCUGAACGUGUUGGCGCGCCGCAUCAAGUCGAACCUGACGGGCGAGGUGCUGGUGAACGGCGAGGAGGUGAGCGGUCGGCGGUUCAAGCGGCGCAUGGCCUACGUGUUGCAGGACGACAUCUUCUUCCCGAGCAUCACCGUGCGCGACACCGUCACCGACGCGGCCUAUCUCAAGCUGCCCAAGUCCAUGUCCCUCAAAGAGAAGCGGGCCAAGGUCGACGACGUGCUCUCCGAGCUGGGUCUCGAGCGCUGCUCCGGCACCAUCGUGGGCGGCGGUUGGGUGAGGGGCGUGUCCGGCGGUGAGCGCAAGCGAACCAACAUCGCGACGGAGAUCAUCAGCAACCCAUCACUAGUCUUCCUCGACGAGCCCACCUCUGGCUUGGACGCGGCGACGUCGCUCGGCCUGAUCGUGUCGCUGAAGACGCUGGCCAAGAGCGGGCACACGGUGGUGACGACCAUUCACCAGCCCUCGUCGGCCAUGUUCAUGAUGUUCGACAAGGUGCUCCUCCUGGCCGAGGGCGGCUGGGUCGUCUACUCGGGCAGCGCCGCUGGCGUGCUGCCCUACUUCGCCAGCCUGGGCCUCGAUGCACCUCUCCAGUACAACCCGGCCGAUUUCAUGCUGGAGGUUGUGAGCUCGACGGAGAAGGUGAAGGACGGCCGGACGGUGCGGCAGAUGCUAAUCGACACCUACGGCGAGAAUGAGAAGAAGCGCGAGGCCGAGCAGAACAAUGAGGGUAUGAGAGAAGAGAAGGAGCAGGAAAAGGAGGAGGAGGCCAAGUCGCUCGAGGACAUGAAGCACGGCGACAAGUUCGUCACUCCCUUCUGGCUGCAGACCUGGGUCCUGACCAAGCGCACCUUCAAGCAGCGUCGUCACGACAUCCUCUCGUGGGACCGGAUCAUCCAGAUCCUCUUCAUCGCCGUGCUCAGCGGCCUCCUUUGGCUCCAGAUGGACAAAGACGAGGAGUCGCUGGGCGAUCGGGUGGGCUUCCUGUUCUUCACCACCAUGUUUUGGGUCAUGACCACCUGGUUCAACGCCCUCUUCGCCUUUCCGCCUGAGCGGGCCGUGCUGACGAAAGAGCGGUCGACGGGCACCUAUCGUCUGUCGGCCUACUUCGUGGGCAAGGUGCUGGCCGAGACGCCGCUGGAGCUGGUCAUGCCGAUCCUGUUCUCGGUCAUCACCUACUGGAUGGUCGGGCUGGCCGACGACGGUGGCAGCUUCGUCUUCUUCGUGGUGAUCAUGUGCCUCUUCGUGCUCAUGGGCUCCGGCAUCGGCCUGCUCAUCGGCGCCAUCAUGGUCGACGUCAAGAAGGCCCUCACCCUCUCCACCAUCGUCGUCCUCGGCUCCGUUCUGCUCGGCGGGUUCUUCAUCAGCCAGAACAACCUGAAGGUGUGGAUCGCGUGGGCGCGGUGGAUCUCGUUCAUGAAGUACUGCUACGAGCUGGUGCUCCUCAACGAGUUCAAGGUGGGCAACGAGACCUUCGCGCCGGCGCCCAUUUCCGCCUACGGACCCGACGUGCAGGAGAUCACCGGGCAGGACGUGCUUGACCACCUCAACGUCGAGACCUACAUCUGGGCCGACAUCAUCUUCGUGGUGGGCGUGAUCGUGGUGUCGCGAGUGAUGGCCUACCUGUCGCUCCGCUACCUCAACAAGCCCAAGAGAUAA